AUGAGACAGAGCCCAUAAAUGAGAAACAAUAUGCAAACUAUGUAUGUACCUGAUGUAGUACCUCGGCUUCAUAUUAUCAAGCCUCUUAGCCAAUAGAACUCUUCUAAAAAUUUCCUCCAGUCAAAUAAAGUCCUCGAUAACCAGUUUAGGUUUAACAAAGUUAUGGAUGCACGCAAAGAGACAUUUAGUGAUCUCUUGGUAAUAUCUGAUAUCUAAAAGCAUCCUAACAGGCCAAGCAUAUUGAUAAAAAAUUUCUCCAAAUUUAAUAAGAGAGUUGUGGAGGAUGACGACCUGAACUUCUCAAAUGAAAAAUUUUUGAACUCAGUUAAUGCUCAUAGGAUAGUAAAUAAUGAGCAAGAGAGUAGAAUUAAUGAAUCAUAUACAUCAUCACCUAAAAAUAGAUAUAAAAAAGUGUUUACUAAUGCUGCUCUGUAGCCAAUUAUAAAUAGCAUAAAUGACAUUGGGCGUAUUUCAAAGAAAGCUAGUAGACACUCUCAACUUAAUCGAGGACAGCUGCCCAAAGUACUGGAAAGAGUCAAGUAUCUUGAAUCUGAUAAUCAAGAGCAAAAUGAGCUGUAAACAACUCGCGAUUAGCAGGUUACCUAGGGAUCUUUUUAAAUUAGAGACUAAUUGACUAAUAAUAGAUAGAGAGCUAUUUCAAAUCUUGAUAUGCCUAAAUCCCUAACUUAAAAAAGUCCAAGAAGAUAACUCUAGACACUUUUUCAAACUCCUAAUAAGCAAUAGCUAUUUGGCUAAAGAGUAAAAUAAUUAAACACAAAUGCUACUCCAUUUAUUACUUCCACUAAGAAUAAUGAUUGCAGUCCUCUAAAUUUAAAUAAUAACUUUGCUAAUUAUACAGAAAGAGGCUAAACCUCCAAAAUAUUGAAUUCUCUCAAUCAAACUCACACUGACUAUUUCCUCAGAAAUCUAUAAAAUAACAAUACCGAUGAGCUACUUUUUAUUGUACUUCAGGGUUCUGAUUUUAGAAGUAAAGAUUUUAGAUACAAAAGAAAUUACAUCGAAGUCGACUUAAAUCUUUAUUUCAAUAUGCUGAUGCCAAAUAAAAAUGAAUUUCAAAUUUCUUCUCGGGUAACAAUCUAUGAAUUAAUGAGGUUAGUCCACUGUAACAAAAAGUUCAUUAAAAAGGAUUAAGAUCUAGAUCUUUUUUACAAAUACUUUUAUCUAUUGAAUGGAGAUGAUAUUGAUGAAAAUAAUUUUAUAGAGAGAAAUCACAAGGUGUUAGUAUUUUGCAAGGAGCAAAAAUUUCAAGGUGUUAAAGGGUUGUCAAAGUUAAUUAAAAACUUACAACCCUCAAUUUAAGAUACUCUUAAUGAUCCUUAGUUAAAGUCAGAAUUAAAGGAUGUGAUGACAAAUAUUUGUGAAUAGUGGGUAGAGAAAAAUCACUUGAAGAAAGAGAUUAAUUUUAAUAUCACAAAGCAUAACUUCUUCUCUAAGACUUCAAGAACUCAUCUAUAAGCAGGUAUUAAUCUCAACUCAUCAAGAUCACCUUAGCAUAAUUAAAUGAAUUCGUUUUUAUCUAGUUCUGAUAAAAGCCAUGAUAACUUAGUAUAAGAGACUGUUUUUGAUUAUCUCUACGCUUAAUUCUAGAACUUGAUGAAUGAUAAUGAUAAAGUUGGAAAAGUUAAGAGCAACAUAAAUGAGUUUUAUGACACUAUCUACAGAAAUUAAAACAACGGGGUGAUAGUCCCAAGAUUUCAAUCAGGAGUCAGAAUUCAGAGAAAGCCAGGGGUUCUGAGAAAAAUAAUUAAUAGGACCUUACUAAAAUCUUAGCUUGAAUCUAAUAGAGCUUAAACCUGUGAGAUUUCUUAGGAGAGAUCUUUUUCUGAAUCUAAAAAGAAAAAGUCAAAUUUAACUUCACAAAUCUAGCCUAAAACGCUUUCAAAUAAAGUCAUGUAAAAGAUUUGCGAGGAUUUUGUAUUGACCAGAAGAUAAGUCUACGAAUUAAACUCUUUAGUUGAGAUUGAGGAGAACAAAGAUGGAAAAGAUAGCUUAAGUCCCAAGAAAGUCAAGAGAAGAGAGAGUAUUCUGCAGUAAAAUGUGAGUCCACCAGAAGUGGAUGAUCAUCGCUAAUAGUUUAAAGAAGGAGUGCACUUGACAUUCUUCCAGGAGCACUGUCCAUUUAUUGGACAUAUUCUUCCAUCAGUAUAGGAUAGAUUAUUUUCAGCACUAGGUAUUGAUAUUGCUAAAAAAUCCUCUGAAAUUACAUGGGAGCAAUUCUUAGAAUUAUUCUGUAUCAUCGAGAUUGGAGAAUUUGAUCUUGAUAAGACUAUAGAUUUUUGGUGUAGGUUCUUGGACCCAAGUCUUAUCGGAAUAGUUCCUAGAUGGUCUUACAAUCCAAUUCUUGAAGAAAUUGUAAGAGGUAGAUUAUUGAAAGAAAAAAAUGAAGGAACUAAAUUUUUCGCAACCUCCUUGAAACGUAAGUGGCAAAGACUCGGAUGCCUUAACGACUAAGGCGAACUUAUAAUUGAAAGACUCAGAUAAGCAUUCAGGGAGGGUGUGAUGGAUAUCAGAUUGCUAAGCAAUGCCAUCGGAAAUAAACCGUUAGAGUUUCAAAUUGAAGAGUAUAAGGAUUUUAAGAAGACUUCAAAUAAUUAGAAUGCUAAAUAGUAGUAGUUAUAGUUGUUAUCAUAAUAGUGA